AUGAGCUCGACAAAUUUCGCCGCUGCACAAGAGCGGGUGCUCGAGCGCCGUCGCCUCCGUCAGGCAGAAGCGCGUGCUCGGCUGGCUGAACAGCAACGGGCAUCGCCGAUCAACUCUGCUACCGUCCAGCGCCUUCCCUAUCCGUUAAACCGACUACCUGGAGCGGGCUGGAUGACAUGGAAUUCUAUCAAGGGCCGAGAUGGUACGCGCCCGGCGUUUCGGGUUGGCCAGGUGGAUGCAGAACUGCUGGAUGAGGAGCUACUGGGCCUGAUGAAGGGCCAGGUUGGGGAUGCUCUCAAAUACUUUGGACCUCAAAUGCGGGAAGACUGGUCACAUGAAAUUCUAUUCGCGCUGCGAGCGAUCCUCUUCAAGCUCUCGAUAUGGGACCAUAAUGCAUCAUACGGAGCUGCACUGCAGGGCCUUCAGUAUACCGAUAGCCGAAGCAAGGGACCCGUGCAUUCAUCUCCAACGAAAUGGCAGAAGACCAUGUACGGCCUGCUGACCGUCGGUGGUCGAUAUGCGUGGGAUAAAUGGGAGAGCUGGUUGAUUGGGCAGGAAGGUGGCUACGAAGAGCCAUCGCAGGAUGUUCGGAUGUUGUCCCGCCUCACAGACCUAAUCUCUACGUCGCACUCGAUCGCUGCCUUCGUUUCGUUCCUCGUAUUCUUGGUCAACGGUCGCUACCGAACAUUGGUUGACCGACUUCUCCGUAUUCGUCUCACGCCGCCAUCUGCCCAGGCCAGUCGAGAGGUCUCCUUUGAGUACCUGAAUCGGCAGCUGGUCUGGCACGCCUUUACCGAAUUUCUUCUCUUCCUACUUCCCCUCGUCGGAAUCAGUCGCUGGCGACGGUGGAUAUCUCGCGCGUGGCGGAAGACCGUCAAUGCCCUCAAGUCAAGCGGGGACGAAGAAGAGGCUGCCGAGAAGCAAGGAGAGCUGGCCUACCUCCCGGAACGGACUUGCGCUAUCUGCUACCGAGAUCAGAACCCCUCUGCAGCAACGGAAAGUGAUGUCCUCGCGGCAUCGGCAUCGGGCGGUAUCUCAGGCUCUGCACAAACAGACAUCACGAACCCCUACGAGACGAUUCCCUGUGGCUGUGUCUAUUGCUUUGUCUGCAUUGUGCAGAAGGUGGAGGCGGAAGAAGGUCAGGGCUGGGUCUGUCUCCGAUGUGGCGAGAUUGUCAAGAAAUGUCAACCUUGGAACGGCGACGUGCUGGAAGAAGCUCGGUCGCAGCCCGGAACCGGCAAGAUUGUCGGUUUCGCCAUGGACGAGGAACGCCCGGACGAUGCCCAUCAUCCAGAUCGGACAGAAGGAAGCACAGAAAAGUCGAGUCCGCUGGAGGGAAUAUCCGCCGACGAAGCUUUACAGCAUUCAAACCAAUGGUUCGACGAGGAGAAGCAAUCGGCAGAGGAUGAAGCCACAACGGAAGAGGAUUCAGGCUACCACUCCGAGAACCAGUCCGAGCAGACUUGA